AUGAUAGGAAAUUUGUUCAUCUAAACUCAAUUGGCUGAUUCAUAUUAAGUAACUAAUUCAAAAAGAUAGCACUCUCGACAUUUCUAUAAGAUGAAAGAAUUAUAGAGUUUUCUAAACCAAAAGAAAAAGUAUUUUCUUAGAUGGUAUUAUUGA